UCACCAGUUUUGUUCUGUAGAAUUUGUUUUCUGAUUAUUCUUUUCAUUCAGUUCUUCGAGGAGAAAAGUAGUGGUUAGGGUUAGUGGCCAAUUCCUAAGAAUAAAGAUGACGUCUAAGGUGUCUCGUGAUACACUUUACGAAUGUGUGAAUAAUGUAUUGGAAAUCUCCAAAACCAAGAAAAGGAACUUUUUGGAGACUGUGGAAAUCCAAAUCGGUCUGAAAAACUACGAUCCCCAAAAGGACAAGCGUUUCAGUGGAACCGUCAAAUUGAAGCACAUACCUCGUCCAAAAAUGCAAGUAUGUGUCCUUGGAGAUCAGCAACAUUGUGAUGAAGCUAAGGCAAAUGGAGUACCAUUCAUGGACGUGGAAGCCUUGAAGAAACUGAACAAAAACAAAAAACUUGUCAAGAAACUGGCAAAAAAGUAUGAUGCUUUCCUUGCUUCUGAUGCUCUCAUCAAGCAGAUCCCUAGGCUGUUGGGACCCGGUCUAAACAAAGCCGGCAAGUUCCCUGGUCUUCUCUCGCAUCAAGAAUCGAUGACUCAGAAGAUUGACGAGGUCAAGGCAACCAUCAAGUUCCAGAUGAAAAAGGUACUUUGCCUUUCUGUUGCUGUUGGGCAUGUUGACAUGAAUUCCGAUGAACUUGUACAAAACGUCCAUCUUUCGGUGAACUUUUUGGUUUCGCUGUUGAAGAAACAUUGGCAAAACGUUAGGUCGUUGCACGUCAAGUCUUCGAUGGGACCUCCCCAGAGGCUGUACUAGGCAGGAUUGGGGUUUUUAUGAUUAACCAUACAUAUUUACUUAUGUAUAACAAUACAUGUUUUUGAAAAG